CACUCUCCUAACUGUCGCUCAGAACAUUACCUCUCAGUCCCAGCGCCUGCCCAGGCUUUGGAUGACCUACCACUAGCUCAGGAGCUGGGAGAGCUACUUGAGGGCCAAGUGAAAGCCUCAUUUUGUGAUUCAGGCACCAGCCAAAUAUAGUUUCAUGAGGAAAACUCAGUUGCCUGUGGCUUUGUUUUUGUUUUUGAGUGCUUUGAAAAUCUUGCUGCCUCUCCCGCUUCUGAUUUGCAAGACACUGGAGAGGAAAUCAACUUGGUUAUCUGAGCAUCCUCUAGUGCCUCUCAGCUCUGCGUGAAGACUGCUUUCCUCGGAGGAGUCCAAACUUUAUCAAAAAGAGAAAUAUUUCCUUUUCUCUUCACAAUGAAAUUGGACUUGGAGGUCAGCGAACCAAUAGACUUUGGUUCUGGAGAUCAUCAACAUCUGGUUCGGAAAGCAGCAGAUAAAAGCAUCCAGUCCGAAUCUGGUGAGCGCUACACACCUUCAUCUUCAGCUGGGCCACAAGAAACUCGGGAGAAGCCACGGCCAAAGGGCACCGAGCAGUUGAAUACCUAUGUGGUAGAAAUUUCAGAUGACAUCACCCCAGGUGAUAGCAAUGCAACUUUAGGCAAUCCUUUCUCAGAUGCAUCUGUCCGCAGAGCUUUCAUUAUCAAAGUGUUCCUCCUCCUGUCAGCUCAGCUGUUGCUCACUGCGGUAAUUACCAGUGUGUUUAUUUUCUGGGAGGCUUUAAAAGUUUGGGUGCUCAAAAACCCCUGGUUCAUCUAUGCAACCUUCCCAGCAUUUUUUGUGGUACUGAUUAUACUUGCUUGCUGUGGGAAUCUCCGCCGUCAGGUGCCUGCAAAUUACAUUCUCCUGGGAUUCUUUACAGCUCUUGAAGGUCUGCUGCUAGGAGCCAUAUCAGUUUUCUACAAGGCCGAGGAAGUGUUAUGGGCAACAGCUGCAACCACUCUGGUGACUCUAGCACUCACUUUGUUUGCUCUACAAACAAAAUGGGAUUUUACCUUGCUAAAUGGAGUGCUGUUCGUUUUCUGCUUCGUGCUUUUAAUCUAUGGAAUUAUCUUAAUCUUCGUGCGAUCAUAUUGGCUGCAUCUAUUGUAUGCUGGACUCGGAACUGUGCUCUUCUCAUUCUACUUGGUGAUGGAUGUGCAGCUCAUGCUGGGAGGGCACCACCAUUAUUCCCUGGACCCUGAAGAAUAUGUUUUUGCUGCCUUGAACAUCUACUUGGACAUCAUCAACCUUUUCAUUUUUAUUCUGCGUCUGAUUGGACUGGGACGGUAGUCACACAACCAAGGCUGGCUCAUGCGGAGAAGAGGAAGGAGGGAUGCUGUGAAGUGUUGCCAGGCUCGGGCAUGCAGAAGUCACCAUUUCAGAAGCUCUUUUAUUUUAAAAAAAUUUAAGAAUACUUAUUUUUUUGUCCAAUGAAACCUAGCAUUGAGUAGAUGAUAGCUGUGGCUGUUAUAUUUUCAGUUCCAUUGUCACGUAGCAAAACUUUCUGGGGACAUUUCUAAUUUGUAUAGAUUCAAAAGAUAAGUAUCAUAAUUACAUACUUACAAACAUUUGUAAGAUGCCCAUUCCUUUGUUGGAGUUUUCUGAACACUAUUUAAAGCUGUAAACAACAUAUCUCCACAUGAAUACAAUUGACUACAGAAACCUACAUUUACUUCUUUCUCUUCUCUUGAUUUGGACAUUCUGUGGGAAUA